AUGAUUUCAAACAAACUUCUAGUGGCAAAUCUUAUGAUCGGAGUGACUAUCCUAGUUCAGGGUCUCGUUCCGAUGAGUCACGUGUCAAAAUUUGAUGGAUUUUGGAUGUUUUCCGCAGCACUUGUUUGUCUCGUUAUCGCCGUCAUUUCAUUCAUCGGACUUCUGAUUCUGAGUAGAUCAAAAUGUAUGCUAACAAUGAGCAAAAUGAAGCUCGCAAUAUACAAUUCACCAGCUGCAGUCAGUAGUCUGCUCUCUCUUAUUUUCUUCAUUGUAUAUGCGUUUGUUCCAGUGUCAUCUACAGAACAUGUUGCUAUCCAGAAUUCUCUGUUACUUCUAGUUGUCGGUCUUGCUCUUAUUACGAUAUCUUCUCUCGUGGUUAUUCUUCUCGCUCUUCUUAGCAACCCAGAGUAUCCUUCCGAGCAAGGUUCGGAUAAUGAUGAUUGA